AAAACUGUGAACAUGAAGAAUCAGUGCCUCCAAACGAGAGUGAGUAUGAUGUCAACUGAAAAGGUUUAGGCCGUGGGAGGUUGUAUUAUCACGCAUAGGUAGGUUUUGUACUCACAUGUCAUAUUCAUUCACAGGCCCCUUUGAAAUUUAACCCUAAUCCUGAUGCCGCAAUCUCCGUGACAGCCUAGUGCCGCAUCCACCUCCUUCUUUGCAUAAAUCCGCGCAUCACGACACGCACCAGCUUGACUGCUACGCUCACCGAGACCGAGCUGACAGCUACGGCAUACUAGUCGUCCGUGGACCGAGAAUCGGAGGGCACGAAAGCGAUCUAUGCGCUUGUGCAGUCGAGGGAUGAAUUCGUCGAGGCCUCCGUUCUAGUCGAAGCAAUUUUCCUUAGUUCCGAGCUCCUGCUUCGACAUCCAGCCGAACGGGCGCUGAUCAAGCGCGCAGUCGUUUGUGCCGCGUGAAAAAACCGAACCUCGCGUGUACCCGAUUGGGUUACUUUUUCCGUUCGAGUGAUUCUCGCGACUCUUCACCAGCGCCGACCAGCGGGUUUACUCUCGUUUCCAACAUAGAAGAGGGGAGCACAACAACGAGCCGGUGCAAAGGACUGUAGUUGCACCAGCGAGAACAACAUCAGAAGACUACUUACGGACUUGUAGACUCCUUCCUGGACCCAGGAGAGUUACGACACAGUGUCACCACUGACGCAAGGGUACGUAGAAAUCGGCUAAAACUUCUACAAGAUGUUGAGCGUCGAGUUACAACCGUUGUCGGCGGAUAGCCCUGUUGCCGGGUCAACAGAGAAAGCUUCGAGUUCUACGAAGCCAGUGUACCAGGCAUUUCGAGAGACCUGUGUGGACCACCCGGUCUUAGCGUCUUUCCUCAUAUUCGUGCCACUCGGAAUAACAUCACAUGCCUUGAAAUGCUCAGAUCCGACGAUAUUCACCCUCAAUUUUCUAGGGAUAGUGCCAUUGGCAUGGUAUACUGAAGCAAUUUUUAUUUUGCAAUUUGGAAGUUUGUUUCGAAAUACAAAUGUGAUUCAUCUGAUGUUGACUGAGAAAAGCAAACGGUAAGUUGAAGGCAGGAAUCACGCUAAUCUCGCAUUCGCCAUGCCGUGGUUGCUCUUCUCCUGCCACUGUGCGAAGUCAUAGUCAUCAAAGAAACGGAUCUAUUGUUUCGUUUGCUUAACUUAGACUCAACAUUUCUUGAUGAAAAUAUUAAACCCGCCGCAUUCAGGUUAAUAGGGAAAACAACCGAGGAUCUUGCGUGUCAUACGAAUCAAGUGCUAGGGGGUUUGAUAAACGCGACAUUCGGCAAUGUUGUGGAGAUGCUACUAUGUACCUUUUUGAGAUGACCUAGCACUUCUAUGACUUCGUAACUUGUAGUACAGGAGUCGGAAUGGAGCAGAGCAACAGCAGCUUUUUGCUUUGGUGAGUUGACCAUUCUCUAGUUCUCCUCUUCUUCACUGCCUAAUCUCUAGAAGUUACCCGAGUUACCAAUGAAUUCUCGACCUCAGGUUGCUGGGGUAUAAUAUACGGGCAGAUAACAGUGGUGCAGGCGACUCUAGUGGGUUCUAUUUUAUCGAACCUUCUGCUAGUGAUGGGAACGUCCUUUCUCUACGGUGGCUUCUAUCACCAGAGGCAAGUAUUCAACCAGGAAGGAGCCAAAGUGCAGUCAUCGCUUCUGUUAAGGCUACCUCUUACACAGAAGUUGCAUCCCCUAAAGUUGCAUCCCCUAGUACUACACAGUACACAGUCUGUCCUUGAUGUCCUCUUUUUCUAGCUGAAAGAGAAGCUACUUGGAUGUUGCCAGGGAUCGUCCACGUGACAUGACAUCUCCGCGAAGAGGCGAAUGCGGUAGCUCUAAAAUUGCUGCUCGCAUUGUUGACACUAGUCCUGCCAACAAUGUUUUCCGAACUAGAGACCAAGAAUGACACGAGCAUGCAGGAAGUCCUUCUGAUGAGCAGAAUGGGAAGCUUCUUCCUCCUCGUCGUCUACGCACAGUAUUAUGCACAUUUUGAAAUUGUCUGACUUCGAAAACCCAAAAUAUCCGAGUUAGUGACUGGAAUAAGGGAGGUAGCUUUAGCGGGCUACUCUACUUACUUGCUCAGUAUCUCGGCUAUUCUGAUCAGUUACUUGCUUAUUUCAGUUUAGUUGUGUGUAGUUCAUCCCGACUGAGUUGAGAAGGGACCAUUUGACAAAAAAUGUAAUGAAAAUUUUCCCACCUUCUAGAUAGUUCUUUUACAUGUCCACCAGCUGAACAUGAACACUCCACACUCUCAUAUACAACGCGGCAGAGGGGCAUACCCACAUAAAAAGCGUCUACAAUUGAGUUUUACUUCCUAUUCGGUCGGAAUAUUUGACCGUUGCACAAGUGGGAGAGAAGAAAAACCAAGGACUCCGAAAAAAUAAAAUCAGUACCAUUCGGUCUAGUCCCUGAUCUCAUCCAAAUGAUACGUAAACGUACACUCCAGGUACCUGUACUUCCAGAUCAGCACACAUGCGGACCUAUUUCAAGACGAAGAGGAGCAAGACGAGGAGCCAUCCUUCUUUUUUUCUGGAGCUAUGCUCGUGCUCUCCGUAGCGACAGUUCUUACAGCCAUCAUGAGCGAGUACCUCAUUCAGAGCAUAGAAGCUACGGUGCUCAAUUUCGGGACUAGCAAGGAGUUUAUAGGUACUUACACGAUUUUUCGUUUUCGCUACCAGGUUGUGUAAUUCUGGCAACGGAUUUGACAGUAGAAGAUGGUCUUUUGAACAAAUUGGUUUCUGUCGCAGAAUACAAGUAUCACUCUUUACCACAUGAUAGGAGGUAUAAUUCUGUUGCCAUCUCCACAGGAAUCAUCGUUCUUCCCAUUAUCGGAAAUGCUGCUGAGCACUACACGGCGAUAAUAAUGGCAGGCAGGAAUAAGAUGGACCUUUCACUCGGCGUUGCCGUCGGCAGCGGCUGCCAGAUGAUGCUACUAUUACGGUUAAGUACUUUUGCUCUUCGUUCGUCUCUAUUGACGCCAGAGACAUUACACAGGAGAUCGUUCAUCAUCAUCAUCAUCAUCAUCUCAAUGCGGGAUAAUGAACCUCCGCUGAAUGCUGGUAAACGUUAAUAACGUUGAUUGUGAUUCCAUCGCCAACAUCAUGUAGAAUCUCAUUUCUAAACCAAUAUAUUUACUUAUAAUAAUGGGUGCACCUCCUUCACUGUUUCUUCUACUUCUAGACAUUCUGUUCUUGCGCUAAUCUUCGUGACGCCAAUAACGGUAUUGAUGGGAUGGUACGCGGAUGAACCGAUGUCCCUGAACUUUCAUCCGUUCCAGAUUGCAGUAUUGCUGGUCUCGGUGCUCAUCGUGAAUCGCAUCCUAGCAAACGGCGAGACUAACUGGUAUUGAUGUCCUGCUUAGAAUGUUGGGCAGAAUGAUAAUGGAUAGAUCAACAGUUAGCGUGCCACUCUAUACCUAGUGAUAGGGAAUAUGUACUGGCGUUUUCUGAGCCCAGACUUCUGGAGCCCUGGGCGCUGCCUGUCGUAAGCCAGAAAUCUCUUAAUCUUAAUCUAUACCUAGUGAAUAUAUUUUUUCGUCUGGAUGUGGAUUCAAGAAAUUGGUUGUGGAUAAUAGCUGCGGGACAGGGCUUUGACGAAAUAGAAAUGGUGUCUUCCGUCACAAGCGGAAGACGAGCCCGGAUUCAUCGGAUGUUGGUUUUCAUUUUCAUCGUUUUCGUGUCUUCCUUUUCUCCCAGGCUCGAAGGCGUGAUGCUUGUGAACGCUUACGUUUUCAUUGCGAUGAUGUACUUCUUGCAGACGGAGGCCCAAGCUGACAGAGUUGCGAUGGAUUAGCGCAAAGAAAGCGCAAAGAAAGAAAGUGCUGUGCACAACAUCUUCCGAAGCGGCAGGAUAUAUUUUUUUACACCUAACGAUAUUUUUGUUAUCUUUACCCCAUAUUGAUGCUCAAAUAGUUAGUACACGAGCAAACGACCCUCCCCACAGGGCUAUAUAAUGAGGUUCGCCAAGUCUAAUUCAAUGACAUGUGUUUACACCACCAAAUUAAACAUAAGAUUAUGGUCUAUCUACUCAGCGCAUGCAGUCAACGUCAACAUCAAGCAGAUUUACACGAUCACGACACUCACACUUAUAAAUGACGGCAGAGUCGCUUGAAUAAGGAGUUACCUUAUUCAGCAGGAAAUUAAGAAUAAAGCAGGAUUACGUUACCAUUACGAAUGUACCUUCUACUCACUGCUGCACGUUAGUUUGUUUCUCAAUGUGACAACAAUAUCGAGAUUUUCCAGUUGUGUACAGUUGCCUCAGUGCCGCAUUAUGGCAGAAUUGAUGAACACAUGGACCACGAGAAUAUGAUGGUCCAAAUUACUAGUACUACAACGCACCAACUAACAUAUAUGGCACAACUUACUACAUCUACUUCUAGCUACGCAUUGGCCUAACAUCUUUGUACUUUCGUAUUUGAGAGCUGAUCGGCUUCGAUGGGCUGACAGCAAGAUGAUCAUAAUCAACGUGACUUCGACUGUAUUUAAAUGCUUAGGUGACCAUAUCAACAUCAUGGAGUUGUUGCAAAUCAAUUGAAUUUCAAUCCCUCACCAUGAGCACGCGCAGAUAUAACAAAGUCAAUGACCGCUACCGCAUCAAAAGUACGACCAGAGAAUAUAGAACUAUAAUUUGUCUACCGCACCAACAAUUAACACAUGCAGUCAGCAGCAAAGUCUAUGGGCUUUGGUUCUCGGGAUACAGCGCUUCAUAGAAAUGUACCUUUCAACAUCUUCACGCUUAUUUUAUCAACGGGCAACGAUCCGACACGUGGUUGACCACUUGUGAUUUCAGCCAGGGACGUAGAAUAACUUCA